GUCCCAUUUGGGUUGGUGACCAAGUAUCAUCCCCCCACCUACGACCACCAUUGCCACCAAAAACCUCAGCUUUCCAUUCCCACAAUUCCAACCACCGUUUUUAUAAGGGACCCAAGUCACUAAUUCUUCUCUGAAUUCAGAGACACACAAACACCAACAAUGUCCCAAGUGAGCAAAAUCUGCAGCAAUGGAGUUCAAAGCUUCAAUCUUUUGCCCAGUGUCUCCAAACCCCAGAUACCCAGAUCGUUGAAUUCAAUCUCCUUGAAGUCCCAGUUGUUGGGUUCUUCGAGUUUUUUGAGUUUGAAGAUAAAAAAUGGGGUUUUGGGUGGAGUCAGGGGUGGUGGGUUUAGAGUUUCGGCUAAAGUUGUCAUGGCGGAGAAGCCGUCGACGGUGCCGGAGAUUGUGUUGCAACCCAUCAAGGAGAUUUCGGGUACUGUAACUCUGCCGGGGUCUAAGUCCUUGUCUAAUCGGAUUCUGCUUAUUGCUGCUCUUUCUGAGGGAACAACUGUAGUGGACAAUUUACUAGAUAGCGAUGAUAUCAAUUACAUGCUUGGGGCGUUAAAAACGCUUGGACUAAAUGUGGAAGAUGACAAGGCAAACAAAAGAGCUGUUGUUGAGGGUUGUGGCAGUCAGUUUCCUUUGGGGGAUGAGUCUGGAGAGGAAGUUCAGCUUUUCCUUGGAAAUGCUGGAACAGCAAUGAGGCCGUUGACUGCAGCAGUAACUGCUGCUGGUGGACAUUCUAGGUAUGUACUUGAUGGUGUGCCCCGAAUGAGGGAGAGACCAAUUGGAGAUUUGGUCACUGGUCUUAAGCAGCUCGGUGCAGAUGUUGACUGUUUUCUUGGAACAGACUGUCCUCCUGUUCGUGUAAUUGGAAAGGGAGGCCUUCCAGGGGGCAAGGUAAAGCUGUCUGGAUCAAUCAGUAGCCAAUAUUUGACUUCGUUGCUUAUGGCAGCUCCUUUGGCUCUGGGAGAUGUUGAAGUUGAGAUUAUUGAUAAGCUGAUUUCCGUUCCUUAUGUUGAAAUGACUUUGAAAUUGAUGGAGCGCUUUGGGGUCACAGUGGAACAUAGCGAUAGCUGGGAUCGGUUUUUCGUCCGAGGAGGUCAAAAGUACAAGUCUCCUGGAAAAGCCUUUGUCGAAGGUGAUGCUUCAAGUGCUAGUUACUUCCUAGCUGGUGCUGCUGUAACGGGUGGGACUGUAACUGUUGAAGGCUGUGGGACAAGCAGCUUGCAGGGAGAUGUAAAAUUCGCUGAAGUUCUUGAAAAGAUGGGCGCUGAAGUUACCUGGACGGAGAAUAGUGUCACCGUCACAGGACCUCAAAGACAUUCUUUUGGAAGGAAACACUUGAAAGCUGUUGAUGUCAACAUGAACAAGAUGCCAGAUGUUGCCAUGACUCUUGCUGUUGUUGCCCUAUUUGCCGAUGGUCCAACUGCCAUUAGAGAUGUGGCAAGCUGGAGAGUCAAGGAGACAGAAAGGAUGAUUGCCAUUUGCACCGAACUGAGGAAGUUGGGAGCCACUGUUGAAGAAGGCCCAGAUUACUGUAUAAUCACUCCACCGGAAAAGCUAAAUGUAGCGGCCAUAGACACAUACGAUGACCACAGAAUGGCCAUGGCUUUCUCCCUUGCAGCUUGCGGAGAUGUUCCUGUUACCAUCAAGGAUCCUGGUUGCACCAGAAAAACAUUCCCCAACUACUUCGAAGUCCUUGAGAAGUUUACAACACAUUAAAUAGCUGUUACAACACUUAUCUGUAGAGUAAGAAAGGGAAUAAAAGAGGGAUCAUUCUUCUGCCUCUACAAUCAAUGCAGUGCAGAUCAAAGCGACCCUUUUCUAUUCCCUUUACUGCAUUGUUGUAAUUCUAGAUUGUCAUACUU